ACAGCCACUGCACUGACGCGUCGCGUCGCGUCUCAGCCCACUUUCCGCCGCUUUCCUGUGCGCUUCAUAGGAAUGGAAAACAAACGUAAAAGUUAAGUUCCCGAUGACGGGGCGGGCAUCCAUGAACUAUGUCUAAGAAACUAGAUUACUGUCACUGUAUUAAAAUUAUUAUUUAUGAUCAUGGCGGCGUCGCAGCGCGCGAGAAACUCUGAACUCAAACAGAGCGAAACAUGGAAGCGUCACAUUAUCAGACAGCUGAAAUAUCGCAACAGGACCCAGACGAGCGUCUUCCAGGAUCUUAUAGAGUCAUAUCACAGUCUGCUGGAGAAGUCCAAGCAGAGAGCCCUCAUAACCAAAGGCAUUCUGGGAUCAGGGUCAAGGCCCUCACUAUCUGAAGAUUCGCUGACAUCUCUAAAAACAACCACCGGUGAGCUUGCAUACCAAGUGGUGGAACUGCAGCAGAGAAUCCAGUUAAAGGAAGUGACACUGGAUGAGCAACAUACCAAGUUAUAUGAGGUCCAAAACCAUCUCAGUGUUUUGGCGUCAGAGCACAGCGUGCUUCAGGAACGCGUGGUAGAGGUACAGACUAGAAACCGACUUCUGAAACAAGAAUAUGAUUCUCUGCUGGAGCAGCACCAGAACAUGGAGAGGACGUACCGACAAGAGAAACUCCGCAGCUCAGAGAUCCUGGAGAACAUGAUCGGUCCAAAACAGCAGGCUGCUGUCCGCAUGAACCAUCGCAAUGAGAAGAGAGUGAGAGCCAGAGAGGCCAGUCUUCACAAAGAGCUUCAGAUGGCUGCCAGUAAGAAUGUGAAUAUUGAAGAGUCAGGAAAUGUGUCACCUCCCAAACCAUCAUCCCCUAAACGUGACUCUUCACAGAGGUUGGAGAGAUCCCAUGGGCCACUUUUCAGGUCUGCUUCAGCUACAUCUCCCCGCAUCAUCAGCUCCAUCAGAGGACUUUUUGAGAGGAAGAUGAGAGGUAAAUCAGUUUGCAGAUCAGAGGAAGACCUCUAUAUUCCAUUAGGAGUCUGCCUGGUUGCCAGAGUCCCAACCAAGGCAAUUUUUACAGUGGAUGCUCAUGAGCUGGGAAUCAAUGCUGUGAGGUUCAGUACCAGUUCAAACCUGCUGGCUACAGGAGGAACUGACAGAGUCAUCAAACUGUGGGGCAUUGAAGCAGGAACUCUUCAGAACAGAGGGACAUUAGAUGGAAGUAAUGAGGGGAUCACCAGCAUUGAGUUCGACCCGACGGGCACUCAGAUUUUAGCUGCAUCAUAUGACAAGUCGGCUCUGUUCUGGAGGCUGGAGGACAGCGUUCCCAAGGUUACAUUGACGGGUCAUUCUCGUAAAGUGACAGCUGCCAGAUUUAAAUACAGUCAGAGGCAGGUGGUCACGGGCAGUGCAGACAGGACCGUGAAGAUAUGGGACCUCCAGCGAGCAGCGUGCAUACAAACCAUUGAGGUUUUGUCUUUCUGUAGUGAUGUUGUGUGCUCCGAGUACCUCAUCAUCAGCAGCCAUUAUGACAGAAAAAUACGGUUUUGGGACAGCAGGGCAGGGACCUGCACACAGGAAGUGCCUCUUCAGGGCAGAGUGACAUCACUGGACCUCUGCCCCAAUCACAGGCAGCUGCUCAGCUGCUCCAGAGAUGACAUCCUGCAGCUGGUUGACCUGAGAAAGAGUAACGACAGGGUGGCCUUCAGAGCGGAGGGAUUCAAAUGUGGAAGUGACAGCACCAAGGCCAUCUUCAGUCCGGAUGGCAGUUUCCUGGCAGCUGGCUCUGCAGACGGUGCUGUCUACAUAUGGAAUGUGAGCACAGGAAACCUGGAAAAACGGCUUCCUGACAUGCACAGAGCUUCAAUAAGCGCGGUGGCCUGGUCGUUGUCAGGUGAAUAUGUGGUAAGCGUGGACAAGAGCCGUCGAGCUGUGCUCUGGAGCGAUAUCUGAGACCAGACACGGGCUGCCUUUUUCCAUCUUAUCAACUGAAGUAACUCCUGGAAAUGCACUCAGGGAUGUCAUCAAAACACAACCUUGUUGGGAAAAGCUCACACUCUGCACUCCGUCAAUAGCAGGACCCUUAGUAUUGUGACAGUAUUUGUUGCUAAGAGGCUGUGUCAUCCAAAACGCAGACAGAUGUGCUAAUGUUACAGGGGUCUGGCGACUGUUGAGCAGAGCUGUCUGGGUUUUGUUUUGAAACGUUGUUACAGAUGAAUUACCGAUGCAGAAUGUGCCAAAGCGUUUGUAGGCCUUCCUGUUGCUUGACUUCAUCCUAUAAUUGUCAGCAACUUUAAAAUUGGAGAUCUCUUGACGUACACCAGAUAUUGCUGCCUCUGGGAUUUGAUAUCAAAGGGAAACAUGAACAAAAUGGAUUCAGCCUGUUUUAGGAACACGACAACACAUUUCUGAAUAUGUGGAAACUCGAGCCCAAUGUAUUCGCAUGUCAGUCCUAUUUUUAGAGACCAAAACACAGAACAGACACAAAAUUGAAUGCCUGGUAAAAGGCCAUUGUAUAUUGUCGCACAAUGACACUGAUUCUUGAAUGCAAUAUAAAAUGAGAUCUAAAUAUUAUAAAUUGGAAAAAAAGCACUAUUGUUCAA